GCAUGUUUCACUGGAAAAACAUUAUUACAUGAAUGUCUGGAGAUAAAAUUUAUCAAACGGAGCAGCAAAUUGCACAAUAUUUCAACUUUUUCAAAUUAAAAUUUUUUCCUUGUUUGCAACAAAGUAAAUAUGAAGACUCAAUACAAAAUAUUCGUGAUAGCUGUUUGGAUGUUGUCAUCGUUAUGUGCCAACACGAGCUCUCAAGUAAUUAUUAGCUGUGUGAACAUUCUCAACAACCUCAUUAAAGUCGAUUCUUUUCGCGCUAAAAUUGAUUAUACAAACUGCGUGAGUCUACACCGAGACAAACAGAUCUAUUACUUAGUGACAAGAAUUAAACCAGCCGGUGAACUGGUUCCCAACAGAUGUUCCAAGGUGAUUGUUUCGUCAGAUGGCAACAAACUCCUCCUCAGCGAAUGGACUGCAACUGCUUCCAUAUUCCCCAUCUCUGGAUACGAUUGCAUGAUGAUCAUGAAGAUGGAAUGUGACGUUCUUCAGCACUGCAAAACAAUAUGGAUGCUCAACAAAAACCCGCCAUUGAACAGCUCUCAGCCAACGAAGGAACCACUUUGUGACCUCACCAACUUGGUCGGAAACAUUACCUCAUCUGUCUUCUUCAAAGGCGUCAACAUUUGUGACGCGGCUAUCAACACUGAAAAUAGUUCGAUGUUCAUCAAAUCCUGCGAACCUCGGAGCGUUCUACUACCCACUCCGAAUGGCCGUUACGAUUGUUUGCUGAGUGUCAGAGAAAAUGGCAUCGUCGAAAAUUUUCUCGUGAAAGUGAACAAUCAAUUUCAAUUUGUGCGUUACAACCUGACGAGCAACUUGCUGGUCCUUUCAAGAUGUCCCCAGGUCUCAAGAUGUCCAUCAAAGGAGGAUGAAUGGACUCGUAACGGGCUGGUCACUUUCAAGAAACGACUCACUACUAAUCUUAACAUGGAUGAAUCGCUCUUCAUCAUAAACGUAACAUCCAAACAACAACCACCACCAGAUUUCUUGAUUGACGCGUCUGGCAACUCCACCAACAAAAACACCACACAGUUUCAACUUCCCACCACGCUCAACAGCACAAGACCACCGAAUGGCAACAACACCGCCAACCAAACUGCCUCCCAGCAGACGACAGCCUCAGCGCCAACCAUAACUUGCAAGCCCAUGUACAGACUUGAUUAUAAGACGAAACAGUGUGUCGUCAAUGUGGAACGUUUGCUGCCCGCACUCAUCAUCAGCGCCUUGAUCGUCUUGGCCGUCUCAAUUCUUUUGUUGCUGGUUAAUUUUUGCAGGUCUGAAAACAGCGCGCAAGUGCACAAGUCUGUUUCCAAGUUGUACCUGGCAAUGAACAGUAAAGAAGAGAUUUAAGAUUGAUGUUCAGUGUUGGAGGGCCCGAGUUGAAAAGCAGUUGUGGAUUUUAAUGUCGUUCGGUUGUAUUGCUGAAAGGUAGAUUCUUCAUGUAAAGCUGGCUUGUUCAUAUAUUUUAACUGAUGUACUUUAUAUUUUUGCACCAGUUUUACGCCAACCCAUGUUUACAUCAUCCACCGCUCUUCUUAAAUGCAAAAACGUCAAAUCGUCAAUCAAUAUCAUUUCAGGUGUUGUUUAUUAUGUUGUAUGCAAUGUUCACUCAAGUAAUUGACAUGGGUGAAGAGAUUUCUCCCUGGAAUUUCAUCACACAUGUCAAUUACGUUGUAGGAAGAUCAUUCAUUGGUUGUUAUUAUGUCUUCUUUUAACAUACAGUUUCAAUCAAAUCUUCUAAGUUCAUCACAUCUCAAAGAAAUGUUAAAAUAAAAUGAAAAAAAUAUUUUUGAAAAUAUU